AUGAUAACCCCGCGCUCUAUGUGGAGAAAGCGUAUUAGCAAGAUUUGGCGAGCAACCAAAAAAGCAUAUCACUACAUCACCAAGCAAGGAAGUGGUGUCAGGUCGUGCUUAUAUAUGAUUGUCUGUGUUCCCGUAAUAUAUGCAUCAAAGUUUGUUCAGUCCUAUGUUAUAUACCCACUAAUAUGUGCAAUAGAAUUCAUCGGCAUCCAGAUUCGAACUACGAGAGCUAUAGUGCUUUUAUCCCCGCGUAUUCGAACGAUCAUGUUCCCCGCUGAAGGAAAAGAAGCUGAGCAUCCCGUGCCAUGUACCGACGAGCGUGUGCUUAUCUUUUCAGCGGAGAUGAGCUAUCAGGAGACCCUCAUGCAUUUAAAAGAUGCGAUUAAAGCAGAUCCUUCACUUAGGAAGGAGGUUUUCCCCUACACUCGAGAAAAAUGGGCACUAAACCGCAUCAGCUACCAUAGUGAUAUAGCCCUUGAAAGUGACGAGAAAGUAUGCAACCAACUAGUCAAUCCAUUCUUUAUGACUCAGGAUUACAACCGGAUCCAGGCUGACAUUGACCGUAGGCAAUUGAUCAAGAUUGUUUCAGCCCAGGACAUAGAUGAGGAAAUCGUUAUGGAAAUGUUUGACGACGAGGAGUAUAAGUCUCUUUGCUUUACCCAUUACUUGCGCGAAGCCGAGGUCCACCGUGCCCAAUGUAUCGAAAUAGCCAACAGGUUUGAUGAUUCUCAAGAUAAACACGAGAUAAAAUUCGGCCUAUUUCGACUAAGGCUCUGCCAAGAGUUUGAAUACCUAGUUAAGCGCAAUAUGAAAAUCGAGAGAGCUUUAUUCUUGCGACUGUACAAGGCUCGAAAGACUCGUGUUGCUAAGUUUGCUACCAGAAGGGCGCCAAAAAUCCAGGCUUAUUUAGCUGCUCAAGAAGCAAAGAAAGCAGCUAUGGCUAGACCAACUGGACUUUCGGCGCGUCCUCUACCUCAGUAUGCUCACUUGGCCCCUCCAGUCAAGGUUUCUAGGCCCAGCAAGACACUACCACUUUUUGAUGUACAAAUUGCCCAUCCAUUAGUUGUUGAUUCUGGCUUAUUAGAAAGGCGCGCCGCAGCAGUCGAAACCAGGCCACAGCCCAAGGUUCGGCCCCUACAAAUAGCAACUGCUACUAUAGCUGAGCUUACUGCUGCAAAUAAUCCCAUCAUUCGCACUGAGAUAAAGAAGCCCACGACGACUGCAGCACCUCUUACUCCCGCACCUAGAAGCUUAUCAAUUGAAGAGCUCCAAAUAAUUGAGCAAGGGUACAUCCGAGCAAUGGGUGUGUUAGCUUGGUACCGAUCUGAACUCAGUAAUUUCCUUUCGCUAGCAAAGCCGCAAGAAGUCUCUAGGGCUUUAGUUUCAACAGCAUCUGAACCCAAUUAUAUUCAAACUGCUUCCCCUAAAAUAUGCCGAGAGUCGCAAUUAUCUAGCCGGUCACCUGUUCAGUCAACCGACAAUCUGUUAAACCAGCUGCAAAGCAAUGUUCUCUUUCUCAAACAGAAAGCCCGCUUAGAUGCAUCUGACCCUGCUAGUUCCCAAUCCCAAAUGGCCGCUGAUAAACAGGAAGAGGCCAGAAAGGAGCGCAUACUCCAGCGGAUCGCCAAAAUAGGUAGCCCAACCCCAGGAAUAGCCCACCUAGAUGACUUAGCCCGUUUGAACCGCCGUGAUCGUUAG